AAAACAGGUGUGAGGAAAAAGAUAAUUCUAUAAACAGCAACUAGCGAACUAGCCAAACACUAAUUUUGCGUGCACGUUUAAACAAAAAAUAUUUCUCAGAUUAAAGUCAACAGAUAUUUAGAAAUCUACGCACCAUGGAUGCAGAAGACAAACCGAGGAAGAGAAACUACACAGAGGAGAAGUCUGCUUCAGAGGCUUCAGACGAUGAUGACUAUGUGCCAUAUGUUCCGGUUAAGAUUAGAAAACAGCAGAUGUUGCAGAAGAUGAUGCAUUUUCGAGGGAAGGGUUUGACCGAGGAGGACCAGAAGGACAGCGGAGGAGAACAGAAGGAUGAGGACGAGGGUCUGGGGCCACGAUCCAAUGUCAGCCUGCUCGACCAGCACCAGCACCUGAAGGAGAAAGCAGAAGCCCGGAAGGAGUCGGCAAAGGAAAAGCAGCUGAAGGAGGAGGAGAAGAUUCUGGAGAGUGUGGCUGAGGGCAGAGCUUUAAUGUCUGUUAAGGAGAUGGCCAAAGGUAUCACCUAUGAAGACCCUAUUAAGACCAGCUGGAAAGCUCCUCGCUACAUAUUGAACAUGCCUGUAGUGAGGCAUGACCGGGUGAGGAAGAAGUACCACAUCCUGGUGGAGGGCGACAUCAUCCCCCCGCCCAUUAAGAGCUUCAGAGAGAUGAAGUUCCCUCAAGCCAUCCUGAAAGGACUUAAGAAGAAAGGAAUCGUGCAUCCGACACCCAUCCAGAUCCAGGGAAUCCCGACUAUUCUUUCUGGCAGAGAUAUGAUUGGUAUUGCGUUCACGGGUUCCGGGAAGACUCUGGUCUUCACUCUGCCCAUCAUCAUGUUUUGUCUAGAGCAGGAAAAACGCCUGCCCUUCUGCAAGAGAGAGGGACCCUACGGGCUCAUCAUUUGCCCUUCUAGGGAACUGGCGAGGCAGACACACGGCAUCAUCGAGUAUUACUGCAAGCUCCUGGAAGAUGAGGGCGCGCCUCAGCUGCGCACUGCCCUCUGCAUCGGGGGUAUGUCUGUCAAAGAACAGAUGGAGGUGGUCAAGCACGGUGUGCACAUGAUGGUGGCCACACCGGGCCGCCUGAUGGAUCUGCUUAAUAAGAAGAUGGUGAGUCUGGAUAUCUGUCGCUACCUGGCUCUGGACGAGGCUGACCGGAUGAUCGAUAUGGGCUUUGAGGAGGACAUCAGGACAAUCUUCUCUUAUUUUAAGGGUCAGAGACAAACGCUGCUCUUUAGCGCUACCAUGCCCAAGAAGAUCCAGAACUUCGCCAAAAGCGCUCUGGUCAAACCCAUCACCAUUAACGUGGGCCGAGCCGGAGCUGCCAGCUUGGACGUCAUUCAGGAAGUAGAGUAUGUCAAAGAGGAAGCAAAAAUGGUGUACCUUCUGGAGUGCUUACAGAAGACUCCACCUCCUGUGUUAAUAUUUGCUGAGAAGAAAGCAGACGUGGAUGCCAUCCAUGAGUACCUGCUCCUCAAAGGUGUGGAGGCUGUGGCAAUCCACGGAGGCAAAGACCAAGAGGAAAGAACAAAAGCCAUCGAAGCCUUCAAAGAGGGGAAGAAAGAUGUUUUGGUGGCUACUGAUGUGGCCUCUAAGGGUUUGGAUUUCCCAGCCAUUCAACAUGUAAUUAACUACGACAUGCCUGAGGAGAUCGAGAACUAUGUCCACAGAAUUGGUAGAACGGGUCGAUCGGGCAAAACUGGAAUAGCUACAACGUUCAUCAACAAGGGAUGCGAGGAAUCGGUGCUGAUGGAUCUGAAGGCCUUGCUGGUCGAAGCCAAGCAGAAAGUGCCACCUGUUCUGCAGGUGCUCCAGACCGGGGACGAAGCCAUGCUGGAUCUUGGAGGAGAGAGGGGCUGUGCGUUCUGCGGUGGUUUGGGUCAUCGUAUCACAGAUUGUCCCAAGUUGGAGGCCAUGCAGACCAAGCAGGUUACCAACAUCAGCCGCAGGGACUGUCUGGCCAACAGCUCCAUGGACUUCUAAACCUCUGGAUUUCCUUGUUUUAUGGACGAAAAGUGACAACUUAUGCUUUUUUGCAUCUGCGACUAGAACGAUGCGAGGUUCUGGUCUGGAGAAGAGCAAAAAAAUCAUCAAACUUGGGUUUCCCUCAAAUCAGCUGGACAUUAUUCUGAUGCUUGUGUUUUUGUGUUGUGACUAUUCCUGAUUUUAUAAAACGUGUAUAUUUAAAUGUUCUGUCCUGUCACACACUUUCUUCCUGUGGGAAGCUUGAACAUUUGAGAUGCGUUGUGAACGACUCCUAGAAACCUGACCAGUAAGAUCAAGAUGAUGGAUGGACAGACACAUACUUCAGCAUCACUUAACAGAAGCUUCCUCAUGUGGCACUAGGAUCCAAGGAAGUCCAAUCUGCCUGCUGGAAAGAAUUCACAUAAAUAACUAAAUAUCAGAACUGGUAUAACUGAACAAAGACUUUUGUAACAGUAAACAAUUCUGUUACACUGAUGAUUACAUCAUUACAUCUUGGCAAGUAAAACAGGAGCUUGUAAUAACAGAAUAUGUUAAUGUGCUUUUAUUAACAGUAUGGGAGUGGUAUUUUGUUUUAUUUUGAUAAAUGCACCCCAAUGCAUCUGUAGCAGUUUUAUUUUAAAAACUGUAUAUUUUUAUAACUUUUAAUUUGUGUUUUGUGUAUUCUGUGAGGAAAGUAUUAAGAGCAGAAUGGAAUAUUUUUGAUAUUUGUGACUUUGGUCAGGCAAAACGUCAUUAAAGUGAAUCUGAACGUG